CAGUUGACAUGCAGAACAGAUCACAGCGUUCGCGGAAGAGGGUGCGCGUACCUGCUGCACUCCAUACAGAACUCACAGAACACGCCAUGUUAAUCAAGACAAUCCGGACAAAUCAUUUGCUUAAUCUUACUCACCAACUAUACAGCCAUGCUAGUGCCCAACACGCUGUCGAUCGUGAAAAUAUCCGUCAAGGCAAGGGAAAGUUGAAAUCAAGAGAUACAUGGACUACUUGGCCUUUGAUAGAUUGCUUUAUUCCGGAAUGGCUGAUUGAAGACGAAGUUAAAUCUCUUGCUGAACUGGUGGCUCGUCAGCUCAAAACUAAAUGUCUAUCGGGAGGACAUGACCACCAAACAGAAUCUCAGGACGAUGAAGAGGGAAAGGAUGACGACGAGUUGGAACCUUUGUCACCAAGUCUCCUCCGAGCUCUAGUCUGGCAAUCCACUAAGGUCCUGGUCUGCAUUUUGGACUCCAUACUCGAACAGCGACCAGGGGUAGCAGAUAGUAUGCAGAACAGGAUGUGGGCAUUUAAUUGGGAGGGUGUUCUGAGAGUCUUAAUCUCGGGCAUGACUCUAGACAGAAACGUGAUAUUUGCUGCAAACAGGCGCCUGUCUUCAAUAUAUGGCUUAUCCAAGACUCUUGACAUCGCUUUGUCGAGAAUUGGGCGCAUUGAAUCUCGUACAUCCGUGUUGGCUGAACUCUCAGAAAGGCACGAGGAUGCCUUUCUUCAGCAACCCACCGUGCGUAUACGGAGGCCACCAAAGAAAAGACGGCGGGUCAUGUCCAGGGCGACUAUUGAAACUGAUACAGAGUAGUCAUAUCUUCCUGUGUUCCUGUGGCUGCUGCUGUGCCUGGUGUUUCUCCGAUUGACAAGACAUUCUGCUCGGUCAUCACCUACGACUAUCUAAUGGUUUCAGUGCUCAAUACGACGAACAUCAAGAUCGGUUCAACAUACCUGUCACACGCUUUUACAAUUACACCGCUUUUGGCAUACCCGACUAUAUUCCGUUCAAUUGUGCAUGAUUGGACAGGACCAACGGUUUCAACCGAAGUUCUUAUGACGGGGAUCAGAUCACACCGGCAAGAACCGACCUAACCGAAUUCAUAUAUGUCAUGCGAGAUCCGGGGCACCUCGCCCUCCUCGCGCUAGCAAUCCUUUAUGGGAACUUGACAAAUACAUAGCUUCCAAUGCUGAGGAAUAUUUUUGAUGUGAUAGGUUGCGAGCUGUUGCAAGAUUUUGAUGACCCA